ACCGCGCUAACACACGCCAACAUGAGCUCCAGUGGUAUGAACAUGAUGGGAAGGGUCACCUUCUACGAGGAGAAGAACUUCCAGGGCCGCUCCUAUGAGUGCAGCAGCGACUGCGCUGACAUGUCCUCCUACCUGAGCAGGUGCCACUCCUGCAGGGUGGAGCGCGGCUGCUUCAUGGUCUACGACCGCUCCAACUACAUGGGCAACCAGUUCUUCAUGAAGAGGGGCGAGUACUCCGACUACAUGAGCAUGAUGGGCAUGAGCGACUGCAUCAGGUCCGUCCGCAUGAUCCCCAUGCACCGCGGCCAGUACAGGAUGAGGAUCUACGAGAGGGACAACUUCGGCGGCCAGAUGCACGAGAUGAUGGACGACUGCGAUAAUGUCAUGGACCGCUACCGCAUGUCCAACUGCAUGUCCUGCAACGUGAUGGACGGCCACUGGCUGAUGUACGAGCAGCCCCAGUACAGGGGCAGGUGCAUGUACAUGAGGCCCGGAGAGUACAGGAACUUCAUGAACCAAGGCAUGAGCCAGGGCAUGAGGUUCAUGAGCAUGAGGCGCAUCAACGACUCCUACUACUAGACCAGCACACCUUCAAUCUUCACUUAUGCUGACUGAAGUCUGAAAUAAAGGUUAAAU